AUGGGGCCCCCACGCUACCUUCACAGCCACCUGAGGAGGUUGAACCUUUGCCAGUUCAACAGGAGGCUCCAGCCCAAUCUCCAGAAGCCGCACACCAGCCCCCAGGCCAAGACCCCCUCCCCAGCCCUCACCCUUGAGCACAGCCCUGCCCAGGUCCAUGUCCAUGAGCAUACCUCAGCCCAUACCCCAGCCCAGGCCCAAGCCCAGGCCCCCUCACAUGCCUCAGCCCAGUCCCUGGGCCACACUUCUGUCUGCACCCUGACCCAUGCUCAUCUGACCUAUACCAAUGCCAACACUCUGGUCCCUCCCCCAACUUCUGCCCCUGCUACUACUCCUGCCCUAGCCCCUACACCAGCCCCUGUCCCGAUCUCUGCCACAACCUCUGUCCCAGCACUGGUCAUGGCCCUGACGACCACUCCAGUCCCUUCCACCACCCAUACCCCCAUCCUAGAUUCUAUUCCCUCUACCUUGGCUGCCUUCAGCCAAAGCCUCUCCUCCGGCCAUGUGGUCUAUGAUGCCCGCAGUGUAAAGCAGAACUUAUUCCAUGUACCCCCUCAAUACUCUGGGUAUUCCACAAAGGACUUGGGUACCCUCUCCAGGGCCCAAGAGGGGCAUGGUCUGGUGAGCUCUGGUACAGCUGAGCAAACACUGAAGCAAUGUAGUGGGGACAGUGCCAAGCCCUCCACAGGAUCCAUACUGGGUUACGUGGAGUUGGGGAAUAUGGAAUGGAAGAUCUCAAAUGAUGCCAAAGACAGAUCUGUACAGUCCAAGACCUUCCCUUACUGUAGCUUCCAUCCUUGCAGUUCUGAGAAGGGAAGCACGGACCCCCAGACUCCAGUCUACCCCAAAUUCCUGGUGUACUCCAAGGAUGCUGCACCUUCUCAACCUUGCUUCCAUUCUCCGACCAGUGCCCAGAGCUCACCAUGCACCAUGCCUCCCCCAUGCGCUCUUUCUCUGCCCGUUUCCCCCAGAUCCUUUGUCCUUCAUCAACACAGCAACCACCAGAAGACCUCCACCUUAAUACAACCCCCCACCUUUCCCCCAACCUCCAAGUCUCCUCAGUCUGUCCUCUCUCCCCAGGGCCCCAUCCCUCCCCAGUUAUCCACUACUUCCCAAACACCAAGCCAGCCCUAACCCCCUGAACUUCAUGAGAGUCUAGGCGACAACCAAGGUUCUGUCCUCCAAAGGACCGCAGGCCCUUCAAAAGGCUGUAGAGUUUCCAGAAACCCAGGCCUUACCCCAAAUCUGGUCCUCCACAAGAACCAAGGCCUUACUGGAGACACAGGUCUCCCCAAGAACCCAGGCCUUGUGCAAGAUCCAGACCUCCAAAAACUUUGAAGCCUUACCGAAUACCCUUACCGCUGCAAGAAUCCAAGCCUUUCCCAAGACUCUGACCUUCAGAAGAAUCCAGUCAUUACCCAAGAUUCUGGCUCCCAGAAGAUCUUAGGUUCUACUCGAUAUGGACGUUUCUUUAAAAGGCCAUAUGUCACCCAACCCUCUGGCCUCCACAAGAACACAUCAUUUCUCCAAAGUUCUUACAUUCAGAGAAGCUCAGGCUUUAUGCAUGAUUCUGGGGUCUAUAGGAAUCUAGAAUGAAACCAAGAGACUGUACUCUAUAAACGUCAAGAGCUCUCCCAAAAAACUCGCUUCCAUAGUAGCCCACACCCUUCCCUAGAUUCUGGAUGUGACAAGAAUACAGGUAAUGCCCAAGAUUCAGGAGUCUCGAGGAGUCCAGACUUUACACAAGAUUCUGGGCCACAGAAGACUCCAUACACUGCCCGAGACUCUGCAGUCAACAAGAGCUCAGUCCUUUGCCAGGAAUCUGGUCUCCAUAAGAGCCCAGGCCUUGUGCAAACCCCUCGCUUCCAUAACGGCUCAAGCUUUACCCGAGUCUCAGGAAACUACAAGAAUCCAGGUCUGACCCAAGAUUCUGGAGUCUGCAGGAGCCAAGGCCUUACUCAAGAUUCUGACCUCCAUAAGAAUCCAGGCCUUAUCCAAGCCACUGAAGUCAAAAGGAGAUGUGGCCUUACCCAAGAUGCUGGAAUUUACAGGAGCUCAGAUCAUACCCAUGACCCUAACUUCCACAAGUACUCAGAAAUUAAUCGAGAUCCUGGCCCCCAUAAGGGUCCAGCCCUUACUCAAGACUGCUUAUCUAAGAGACCAGGCCUCCAUAACAACUCAUGCCUUAUCCCAAACCCUGGCCUUCACAAGAACCCUCUAGGAACUGACUCUGUCCAAGUUUGGGGCCGACAUCAGACCCAAAAGUCAUUUAUAUCUGAGGCAGUUCCUCGAAAGGAGGAUGCAGGGCAGCACAUACCAUGGACUUCUGUCCCACCCAGUCACAACUCCUGCUCUGCCAAGGCUCAGUGGGCCUACAAUGACCUGCAAACCUUCUCAGAGGUACCUGUACUGAUUGAGCUGCAAUCAUCCUCCCGGCGAGCAGGCAGCCAAGACUGGGUGUACCAACCCAUGGAUACAGUUCCUCCAGCCUGCCAGAAUUAUCGCCAGAUGACUAUGCCUCCCCAAACCAGCUGGAAACCCUACUGUCCUGGGACAGGCACACGGCUGGGGCAUGUGGUCUUUGACGCCUUCCAGACACAGUUCAGAGCAGGCAGGGACAGGUGCGAAGCUCUGUCUCUCAGGCGCCUUCCCCGAGAGACAGCCAACAACUCACCGGAGAUAAUCAAGGGCGAAGGAGGCUACUGCAUUCCUUCAGAGGGGCCAGCUACCUUCUACCUGCUGAGUCAGGUGAACCGUUCCAUGGGGAUGGGGACCAGCAUACGAGGAAAGGGCAAGGACGGAGAAGCCCCUGCCCGGCUGCUCACGGACAUCGACUUCUGCUCUGGGGCACAGCAGCAAGAACUAACCCAGCUGAUCCAGGAGCUGGGUGUGCAGGCGAGCUGGAGUGAAGGUCCCAAGCCAGGACCAGAUCUCCUCCAGGCCAAGGACUUUGCUUGCUAUGGAGGCAUCUGA